CGUUACUACUGCUGUGAGCCCUAUUCUUGGUUUUCCAGAUUAACGCCAUGGCUGCAGCUCUCGAAUGCUGGUCUAGUCGGACCAGUACUGACGAAGAUUUGGUAGAGCAGGUUCUAAUGAAAACCCAAGACAGAUCAGAGGUUUUCUCAGCAGCUUCUCCUGUACAGCCAAGCAAAGAAUCAUCGGUUGUACAGAAGAGAUUGCAGAGGCUGAGCCGCAAUGUGGUUGAAGCGAUUACUUCGCUUAAGAAUACUUUGAAUCUGGAUUCAGUUCGUGAUACACCGGCGACGAGGAUUGAGAGUUCUAGAAAGCUUGUGUGGGGUGGUGUUGUAAGGAAUCUUACCCAACUAUACCCUGGUAGUCAACUUCCAGAGAAGCUCAUUACCAACAUUCGCAAGCAUUUCGAUUCUUUACCCUUCAGCUAUGCUCAAGCCGGAUUCGACAUGAAAGAAGUUUUUCUUCACAUUCGAUUGAUUGAGCAGGCAGCGGUUGACGACCACCCAGCAAUUUUGAUUCAAGAAGUAUCUGACGAUGACACCCAGGGAUCUGUUUUCAAACUCACAUUCGCUUGUAACUCUUCGAUUUCAUGGCCCACGCUGUCGGGAGCACUUGAUAAUGCAGCCAUUUGUUGCAAGAACACCCAGAUCUUUGAGAAGAAGGGUUUUACUCUUGGGGUCAUUCUUGUUCUGGUUCAAUCUGGGCAUGAAAAACAUUUCAAGAUUCGGAUCGAGAGCGCCCUGAAAUCUUCCCUGAAGAAGCCUAAACCGGGGACAAUGAAGCUGCCAUUCGGGCUCUGCGGGUGCCAGGAGGAGAAUACGAAGGGCCGAGAAAUCUUUGAGACGGACGAUGAGAAAGGUGAACAGAGUUACGGAAAUGGCGCUGGGAACUCGAACCCUAAGGUCCAGCUCUCUAGUCCACUUCCUGAAACUUCUUACGUUGUCUCUGUUGAUGAAUGGCAGACGAUCCGAUCGGGUGGGGAUGAGAUUGGGAAAUGGCUUCUGAACUCUGAUCAGGUUGAGUUCAUUGAUCAGAUCGGACCAACUUCCUUCAAGGGUGUUUAUAAGGGCAAACGAGUAGCCAUCGAGAAGCUGAAAGGGUGUGAGAAGGGUUGUUCAUACGAGUUUGAGCUCCGGAGAGAUGUCUUGGAGCUGAUGACUUGUGGGCACAGAAACAUAUUACAGUUCCAUGGCGUCUGCAUUGAAGAAACUCAUGGGUUGUGUGUUGUGACCAAGAUGAUGGAAGGGGGAUCAGUUCAGGAGAUUAUACAAAAGAACAGGAAACUUCAGACUAAGGAAAUAUUAAGGAUUGCAAUUGAUGUUGCAGAAGGGAUGAAGUUCAUGAACGACCAUGAUAUUGCAUACAGAGACCUCAACACACACAGAAUCCUGUUUGAUAGACAAGGUCAUGCUUGUGUUGGGGACAUGGGCAUUGUCACGGCUUGCAAGGACAACGGAGAGGUUACAGAGUAUGAAACUGACGGUUACCGCUGGCUAGCUCCUGAGAUCAUAGCAGGGGAUCCUGAGAGUGUGACAGAGACAUGGAUGAGUAAUGUUUAUAGUUUUGGGAUGGUGGUGUGGGAGAUGGUGACAGGAGAGGCAGCUUAUGCGGCUUAUUCGCCAGUGCAAGCAGCUGUUGGGAUUGCGGCAUGUGGGCUGAGACCAGAGAUCCCUAAGGAUUGUCCACAAGUGCUGCGAUCUUUGAUGAUGAAAUGCUGGAACAAUUGCCCCUCAAAGCGCCCUCAAUUCUCUGAAAUCUUGGCGAUAUUGAUGCGCUCCAACAAUGCCAACAACUACAUCCAGCAGCAGCAACAGCAACAGCAAUAGCAAUAGU